CAUCGUCACACGGAUUUUUACACAGAGAAAACAGACAAAAAUGGUGAUGGGCUUGUACUGUUCAGUCUUCCCUCUCUUCAAACACUUUGUACUACUGUUUGAGAUGAAAGAGCCACUCAUCCACCAACUUCAUGAAUCACAGUUAAAGCUGUUUAAGGACUUCCUAGGAUGUUAUGUCAAAGCAGAAGUCAUCAACACAGCAUCAACCGGAGCUCAAUUGAAGAAGCUGGAUCUGAAGCAAGCUAUUAUGAAACCGAAGCAGAUGUUCAUGGGAAGUAAAGCAUUGAAACUGAUCCAGAGUCCUUCAACACCGACCUACAUGAUUACUUCAUUUCUAAAACAGGUCAAGGAAGCCUACAUCGCCUGUGGGGAUACCCUGCAGAAGAAAUUAGCACUAAGUAACAAGUUUUUGAAGGCUGUUUCUGCCCUUCACCCUCAUGCAAUUGGUCACACACUUACUCUUUCUUUGCUCCAGAAGUUACCAGCACUGGCGCCUAAUGUCCUGACAGAGACAGAAGAGGAACUUUAUGAGUUAAAUAUCAGAAAAUACCAGACAGAUCAACAUCCUGAUUUCCCAGAAGGGUCUCGUAUUGAUGAGUGGUGGGGGAAAGAAGAGAUAUGUCUGAAAUAUCCGUGCCUGUCCAAGAUGGCUAAGGCUGUUCUGUCCUGUUUCCAUGGACCCCAGGUUGAAUCUUCCCUCAGUGUAAUGAAUGACGUCAUUGAUGCCAAAUCUGGGAGACUCAACAUUGAAACCUACCAAGCCAUACAAAACAUAAAAUAUGGUUUGAAAGCUUCUGGUAAAUCUGCUGUGGAGUAUUUCAAGAAGAGGGACCAUCUCCAUGAUAAGGUUGAUCACACUCUUGUGAGGAAUGUCAAGCGAUCAUUCAGCCAGUAUAAGGCCAUUCUUGAAGAGAAGAAAUCAGUUGCCACAGAAAAACAGAAACAGCUGUACAUUAGGGCACAGAGCACUUUGACGAAAAGGAAAGCCAAGGAGUUGUGUCAAAAGGCAGCCAAGAAAGACAGAGUGGAACACCAUGGUGCCAUUGAAUGA